AUGAUAACGGCCUCAUCAGCCAUUUUACUAGUUGCACUCAUUGCAGCUCUCUGGCGACUGAGCCUUAUAGGCCAAAGACCCAAAGACUAUCCCCCCGGACCACCAACUCUCCCCAUCCUUGGCAACCUACACCAGAUCCCAAAGGCGAGGCGUCAUAUACAAUUCGAAAAAUGGGCUCGUCAGUAUGGUCCGGUAUACUCGCUCAUACUAGGGACGAAAGUCAUGAUUGUCCUAAACACGGAAGAUGCUAUCAGAGAGCUUGUGGAUAAACGAGGUGCUAUCUAUGCGUCGAGGCCGGAGUCUUUCAUUGCCCAGGACACUAUCAGUGGAGGGCUUAGAAUCUUGUGGAUGCACAAUGGCGAAACCUGGAAAAUGGUCCGGAAACUCGCGCACCGCAUUCUCAACAUCACCACUGCGCGCACUUACGUGCCAUACCAGGAUCUAGAGACAAAGCGGAUGCUCGUUGACUUUCUAGAAAAGCCAGAUAGUUUUAUCGAGCAUAUGCGUCGGUUCUCAACUUCCUUAACAACACAGAUGACUUUUGGCUUCCGUACAACUACCAUCCAUGAUCCCAGAUUUAAGGAGAGCUUUGAUAUUUUUGAUGAAAGCUGGGAGUUGGUUGCCUCUCCGGUUGCUGCGCUCAUGGACUUCUUCCCUUUCCUCAGAAAGAUCCCUGACUUCCUUCUUCCUGUCAAACGGGAAGCAAAGAAACUACACCAGAGAGAAAUCACGCUAUUUCGGGAUCACUACUUCGAAACCCGGAGAAAAUUACAGGACGGGACAGCGAAACCAUGUGUCUGCGUCGACCUUAUGAAACUCCAAAAAGAAGAGUCCUUCUCCGACAAUCUCGCGGCCUACAUCGGCGGCUCCCUCCUUCAAGCCGGCUCUGAGACGACAGCCGGUGUCCUCGUCGGCUUUAUCCAAGCCAUCACCAUCUUCCCAUCCGUUGCCAAAAUAGCCCAAGAAGAAAUUGACUAUAUCUGUGGAGACCGGCUGCCGGAUCUAAAUGACGUUCCCGACCUACCGUAUGUCCGGGCUUGUACGAAAGAAACGCUACGGUGGAUGCCGGGGUUUUUGCUGGGGUUGCCGCAUGCUGCUACUCGUGAUGAUGUAUAUCUCGGGUAUCGGAUACCGAAUAAAGCGACUAUUCUUAUGAAUGUUUGGGCCGUCCACAACAACCCCGAGCAAUACCCGAAUCCCCGAACAUUCGAUCCUAGACGCUACAUGGACCACGAAUAUUACCCGCAAACCGCCGCCAACACAGAAGUCACCCGAGACCAUUUUGCCUUCGGCGCAGGACGCCGCAGGUGCCAGGGUAUUCACAUCGCAGAGCGGUCCCUCUUUUUAAGCAUUUCUCGUCUGCUGUGGGCGUUCGAUUUCAAGAGGGCUGUAGAUCCGGUCACUAAGCUGGAGAUUUUUCCCAGUAUGGAUGAUCUUUCUGAUGGUGCAUUUACUCAGCCCAAUACGUUUCCGGCGAGAAUUGUUCCUAGGAGUGAGGAGAAGGCUCGGCGGGUGGGGGAGGAAUGGGGGAAGGUGUUGGAGUUGCUUGAUGGAGAUAUGCAGUGGAGGACCGUUCCUGAGGGGCUGAUUUGGAGGGACUAUGAGGCUGUUGCGUAG